AUGGCCCUUCCUGUUCUCGAUCUCGUCGCUGCUACGCUCAACUCGAGCAAUGGCUCUGCUACAACGAUUUUCGACCACCCACCUCCUCCGGUUCUGUUGGGCGGAUUUGUCGCCCUAUAUCUUUCCGGCGCGGUCUUCAUGCAAGUGGUGGUCUACUUCCAGAUCUACCAGGCAGAAGCGUGGACGACGAAGUCGAUCGUUCUCGUCCUCUGGGUGCUCGACAUACUACAUUCAGCGAUGAUCUGCAUAGCAAAUUGGCAGAACCUGGUGGUCGACUACGGUGCAUACAAUACACUAGAUAACAUUACGUGGUCAAUACCGGUGACGAUCGCUCUGACCGCACUAACAACUGCGAUCAUCCAUUGUUUCUUCAUCCGGCGCAUCUUCAAGUUGAGUCGAGGAAACUGGUUUAUCACCUUGCCAUUACUGCUUCUCGCGCUGCUGCGAGUCGUAUCCGCAUUCGUUACAACCGCAGAGAUGCUUCGGUUACGAAGUUAUGUCUUGUUUAUCCAGGACUUCGCAUACAUCUUCACCCUUGGCCUGGCUGUCUCAGCGGCUCUCGAUAUUCUCAUCACUAGUAUUCUCUGCUACUAUCUCAGAAGAGGUCGCGAAGGCUUCGCUCCGAUCAACCACAUGAUUGAUCUACUCAUUCUUUACACCGUCGAAAAUGGCAUGAUCACAUGUAUCGCUACUGCACUCUCUUUGUUCUUCUGGUUGUUCAUGCGAAGCAACUUCGCGUUCCUCGGGAUGCACUUCGUAAUCAACAAACUCUAUGCCAAUUCAAUCAUGGCGAGUCUAAACGCACGUAAAUCCAUCGUGGGCAAAGUAUCUGGGUCCGAACGAGGCUAUCAACUCCCUAUGAUAUUGCCUCAUCAUCCCCAAAGUCCCAGGAGCACUGACCACUUCUCCCGAGGACAGAUACAGUCUACCAGCAAACCGCUACAGGUGACGAUUGAUGUCGAGAGGACGGUACAGCGCGACGGGACCAUCGACGCCGACAGCAAGUCAACAUCAGGCGUCGAUCUUAGGUUAUCGCACAAGCCAAUAAAUGACAACUUCUCUGAUAUCAGGCGCCAAUGA